UUAUUUACCUUGGUAAAAAUAUAUAAAAUGGAAAAGACAGAGGGUCUUGUAGAAUUUGAGAUUUUACCCGAUAUAUCAUCAAUAUGUCGCACUUGCAUGGAGGCUGAAAAGAAGUACUAUCAAAUCUCCGAUUAUGUGGAUGAAUGUCAUAUAAUUAUGGAAAUGCUAGAUGAAAUUGUACCUCAACUCCAAAUUAAAAAUGAUGAAUGUGAAUUUCCUCCUCUUAUAUGUGAAUCUUGUGUGGAGAAAUUAAUUAUUUGCUAUAAAUUUCAUAAUUUGUGCUUGGAGUCGAACAACCAGCUUCGCCAAUUAAUUUUGUCAAAUGAGCACAACUUAAAUGUGGACGAAUAUAAAGAGUCCAAAACAACAAUAGAAGAUUGCGACGUAGAUGAAGAGAGGCUACUAGAAAGAAAUGAAUACAGAGACUUUACUGCCAUCAUUGAUAAAGAAGAAAAAGACACAAAGCAAUCACAUAGCCCUCUCAACCCAGAGUUGACCUGCUCUGAUUGUGGUAAAAACUUCGACCAGUUGUCCAACCAAAAAUCACAUUGUUGCAUGUUUGCGGAAAUAUAUUUUUUUAAAUGUGAUAUGUGCAAGCAAAGUUUUGACAAUGAGAAUAUAUACAAAAGUCAUUUGGAAGGACACAAAACAAAUGAGGCUUCUAUCGAACUAUUGGACAAUAUAGAUGACCAAAUUAAAGAAAAUAUCUCUGAAGUUAUAGACUCACAAGUUGUCGAGGAAAAUGAAGAUUUUAAUGAUUUAUAUGGCUUUGAAAUUGAAAACUUAAACGAAGAAGAAUGGAAUAGUGAUAGAGAGAUUUUAGAUGGUAAAGAUACCUAUAUAAAUGCUAAAGACUCAUUUACAGAAAACAAAAUUUCCACAGAAGACUCGAAAAUCGAAGAGCUAUACAUAGGUGAAAUUGAAAAGACGGAUAAGAAAAACCUUAGAAGCGGCAGCUAUCCUUGUGAUGUGUGCGGAAAAGUAUUCGAUCGCAUAUCCCGUUACAAUCGUCACAGUAGAGUUCAUGCACUUCAUAAACCCUAUGCCUGCGAUAUAUGUAAACGACGUUUUUCUACCAUACACUAUUUGAAGACUCAUCAGUUGUUGCAUACGAAAAAAGAUGUGGACGAAUCUUCCCAAAACUCUGUGGAGGGUUUUAAAUGUCCUGAUUGCCCAAGGCGUUUUGAAAAUAAAAAUGCUUUGUCAGGACAUCGUAGAAUGCACACAGAUAAAUCUAAACUACCAAAUUUCUUAUGCAACAUUUGCCAGCGUAAAUUUCUGUCAUCCAAAACCUUAGUGGAUCAUAUACGAAAUCAGCAUCCUGAUGCUGAAAAAUAUGCUUGUCAUAAGUGUGACAAAAAAUUUGUUCUGGAAGAACAACUAUUGGAACACACUAGUAAGCACAGAGAUAAAGAACUUGUAUGUACUGUGUGCCACAAAGAAUUCGCCUUUGAGUGUUUCUUAAAGGAACACAUGCGUGUGCAUAGCGGAGAAAGUCCAUUUUUGUGCCCAGAAUGUGGCAAGACAUUUAAAACUGGUGGCAACCUACGUCAGCAUCUUGAAAGGCAUUCCACCACUAAAAAAUAUCAAUGCCCCCACUGCACUAUGCGCUUCAAAUGUCGUUCAAAUGUCAACAAACAUUUAGCAACCCAUAAGGGUUUGAAAACACAUCAAUGUAAUAUAUGUGGAUCGCGUUUUACCAGAGCUUAUAAUUUAGUACAACAUAAAAGAUUACAUUUUGAAGGAAAAUCUCAUAAAUGUGAGCUGUGUGAUAUAUCUAUAACAGCAAAAAUGAAAGUAGUCGCCGUUUUGAUUUUCGCUUUGAUUGCCCAGAGCUAUGCCUACUCAAGCUCUUACGAUUUCGAGGACCAACGGAAUCAACGGGAGUUCGACAACAUUGAACCAUGGACCAAAAUGAAUCGUUAUUCUUCAUCAAACUCUGAAGACUAUGAAUUCAAGAGUUCAGCAUCUCGCUUCCCCGAAGCUCAGUUCUUCAAGAGGAAAGUGAUUCAACGUCUAUCUAACUCUCCUGCCUUCUAUAAUAAUCCCCAGAAUAAGCAAAGACUUAUCGAAGUCGCUGAUGAAAAAUUGGAAAAUUGCAAAACUCCCAGCGGCAAUGGAUUGGACAGAUCUUGUUUAGGUCGUGCUAUUGGCCAAGUCAUGCAAUUGGUCGCUUCCGUUGAAAAUGCCGACCGCAACUCGGGUUUCCGUGGCCAAAGACAAAAAAUGGAUGCAGAGGAAAAAGUUGCCGACAUCUCCUUGGAAUAUGGAAUAAUGUCCACGGAUAUAUUCUCUAUGUGUCGCACAUGCAUGGCAGCAAACAAAAAAUAUUACCAAAUCUUUGAUUAUGUGGAUGAAAGCCAGAGAAUUUUGGAAAUGUUGCAUAAAAUUGUGCCACAAAUCAAAGUCAAGGAAGAGGAUGACAUUGAGUUCUCUAAUUUAAUCUGCGAGGAAUGUGUCGACAAAUUGGUGACCAGUUAUAAGUUUCAAAAAUUAAGCAUUGAGACCUAUAAUCAACUACGUCGCUUGUUGCGGGAUUCUGUUGAAAAGGAGUUUGAAGCUACCUCCCUGGAAGAGGAAUGUACAGAGAUGAAAAUCGAAAUAUUUGAUUUCGAGGCUAAUGGAGAAAUGCAAAAUGAUUCUAAAGCGACAAUAGGUGUAAACAAACCCGAGAUCCAAGAAAGCAACAACAACCAAAACAAAGACUAUAUGUCGCUGACAAUAACAGAUAGAAACAAUUUAAGUACAAGAAAAAAGUUUUCAUGCAACAAAUGUGAAAAAGUUUACGAUCGAUUAUCCCGAUUGGAACAACACACACUUAAACACCAUUAUGCUAAUGAUGAUAACAAAAUAGAAGAAAAUAUUGAUAUCGAAAUUUCACUGGAGGAAUUUAAAAACGAAGACGGUGCAGAUCUAGAUAGGGAUGAUCAACUUUUAAACACAAGCGAUGAAAAUAAAAUAAAAAUUCGAUCAUCAAUGGAAUCGGAAACUUAUAAAGAACCAUUUUGUACACUAUGUGAAAGAAAUUUUAAUAAUUUUUCCGAUUUGGAAUCACAUCGCUGCGAUCCAGAAAGAAUAUCAGAAGACAUUUAUGAAAAUCAAGAAGAAGAAUAUAUUGAAGACCAUGAUGGUAGGGAGCAUGCAGAGGAAGGAGAAGACGAACAGGAGAUGGACAACAAUCCCACAUCCUCGGAGGAAUAUGAGCAUUUGGAAGGUAGCACAGCAUCGUGCGAUAGCGAAGAACAAUUUUUAAAUUUAGAUGCUGAGAUUCCGGAAUACAAAAUUACUGCCGAAGCGAUAGAAACAGACAAACCCCAGACAGGCAAAAAGCCAUCAUAUCCCUGUGAGGUUUGCGGCAAGAUAUUUAAUUGUCCUUCCCGCCUGAAACGUCAUAGCCCAGUUCAUUCUCUGGAUAAGCCAUACUCUUGCGAAAUAUGUAAACGUCGUUUUUCCACAUCACAUUAUCUGAAGAUACAUAAGAAUUUACAUAAAAUCAGAAAGAAUCGAACGGAAUCGAUACCUCCAGAAGGUCUACAGUGUUCGGAUUGUCCAAAACGCUUUAAAAAUCGCAAUGCAUUAGCAUCCCAUCGUCAAGUACAUACGCGCAACUCAGCCGUCGCUAAUUUCACUUGCGAUAUGUGCCAACGAGCUUUUGUUACCGUAAAAACACUGACCGAUCACAUUAAAAAUAAACAUCCCGAUGCAAAAAAAUUUACUUGUGAAGAAUGUGGCAAAUCGUUUAUCCUGCGUGAAAGACUUUUACGGCAUUUAAAUGCUCACAAAGAUCUAACGUGUCAUGUUUGUGAAAAGACAUUCACUUCCGAGCCCACACUGAAAGAACACAUGAACAUUCAUACAGGAGAAAAUCCUUAUCUGUGUUCAUUAUGCGGCAGGGCAUUUAAAUAUCACAGUAGCUUAAGGAAACAUGUGGAGCGUCAUUCUGGAAUAAGUCCACACCAUUGUCCGGAAUGUCCCAGAAGUUUUAAAUGCCGCACUGAUCUAAACAAACAUAUCAAAAAUCAUCUGGGUAUAAAAUCGCAUAUAUGUGAUAUAUGUGGCACUGGAUUUACCAGAUCCUGGAACUUGGAACAGCACAAACUAUUGCAUAAGGGUAAAAAACGGCAGAAAUGCGAAGACUGCCCUAUGACGUUUAUAUCGACUAUUCAAUUUAAGCGUCACAUGAAAACUCACCUCGAUGAGGGCAUCUCAUCAACUACUUAAUUUUGCUAAAACUACCAACAAAAAACAUUUUAUUUGUUAUAUAGAAUUUUUGAAAUCUAAUAUUUUGUACAUAUUUACAAUAAUUACAAAGAUUAGCUAUCAAUAUAUUUUUUACAAAUAGUUUUGAAUUCGCUUAGCGCAAAUAGAUAUAA